UACUCGGUAUGGGGAGGAUAAAGAAAAAUUUACAUAUUCGUUGGCACUUGUUUUUCUCCAAUGCGUUGUAAAUGCUAUAUAUGCCAAAAUAAUGGGGAAGCUUGUCCCCAUCAGGGAGAAGAUACAACACGCCACGUCUACUAUGCCUCGUGUGCUCUGACGUACCUGCUGGCAAUGGUCUCCUCCAAUAUGGCUUUACAGUGGAUCAACUAUCCUACCCAGGUUGUAGGAAAAUCUUGUAAGCCCAUUCCAGUGAUGAUCCUGGGAGUUAUCUUAGGAAGAAAGUCAUACACAUGGAAGAAGUAUGUCUUCAUCUUCAUGAUUGUUGUUGGUGUGGCAAUGUUCAUUUAUAAGGACCCGAAGGGAGCAUCGCCUGCAGGUGGUGUAGGUAUUGGGCUAGGAGAGGUUCUUUUGCUGUUGUCACUGACAAUGGAUGGGCUUACAGGAGCAGUGCAAGAACGUAUGAUUAGCGAGUCGAAGACGAAGUCUGGACACAUGAUGCUGAACAUGAACCUCUACUCUAUUGGCUACUUAGCUGUUGCUCUCCUGGUGACUGGGGAGAUCUUCACUUUUGCCAGUUUUGUUCACCGCUACCCAGAAGUUCUCACAAAAAUGCUAAUCUUCAGCAUCUGUAGUGCACUUGGCCAAUUUUUCAUAUUCUUAAUGGUGAGUGACUUUGGGCCUCUGCCAUGCUCAGUGGUGACAACAACUCGUAAAUUCUUCACUGUGCUGGGGUCAGUUAUUCUCUUUGGUAACACGCUCUUGCCUCGACAGUGGGCAGGGACUGCCUUUGUAUUUUCAGGUCUCACUUUAGAUGCUGCUUUUGGAAAGUCACCAAAGAAGAAAGUUGAGGUGGAAGUAAAAGAAAGUAAAGAGUGAGGCAUAGAAAUAAAGAUAGAAGGACAUUCAAAUCAACUGUAAGUGAAGAAUUUGAUGACAACUGAAUCAUCUCUUGGUGUUAAUUUUAUGGGAGCUAGUAAGGUGCAGGAAAGAUGGAAUAGACAGCCAAAUACUCUCUGUGCUUGUUAAUCAAAGAAUACCAUCCUUCUGUUGCAAGGUAGAUGUCGAUGGAACUAUAAUAUGAUGACACAUAUUGUUAUGGAAGACAUGUAUCUAAUGAAUGGUGUAACAUGUGCAUUUAUUUAUUUUCAUUGAGAUGUAUUUGACAUGUUAUGCCAUUCCCUCAUUCACUUUUGCAUCCUUUAUGUGAAGGUACUAUAAAUUUUCCUUGAGUUUUGUUAUGUUAUAUGUUUGGUUAUGAAUGCAAGUUUAUGAUACAGUAAUUAUAUUUUAACUCAGAAGUCAGUGUUGUUGUUUUUUUUCUCCAUAUUUUGUGCUUUUAAGUGUCACAAAUAAGAGUCGGCAGGUUACUGACAAUUUAAAGGAAGUAAGUGCCAGACAGUGUGCUAAAGAGAAGGCACCAUGCGACUGUAUCAUUGACUGUAUAAAUUUAAAUUCAAUCCUGUGUAUUCAGAAAAGUACAAAAGCAAAAAUAUUGUAGAAAAAUUGGCAAUAAGAAGAUUAGAUCCCCCAGAAUAAAAAAUAAAUAAAAAAUGAGUGUAAGACUCUCUUGGAAGAUAUAGUAUUUUUUUUAUAAAGAGUGGUGUGAGGUAUAAUUAUUGUCUAAUAAUAAUUAGAUGUUCCAUAUUAACCCAAAAUGUUAAUAGCCUAUGUAUAGAUACAGACAAUAUAUAUUUUGAAUGGUUACAUUGAUGUGCCCUAGAAUUAAGAUUCCACUAAGAGAUAAAGAUUUUCAGAUUUAUUUUUAUGCAUACUGUAUUUAUAUCAUUAUUUAAUAAUAAAUAAGUACUGUGUAGAGUACACGAAUUUA